CUCGCAACGCCUCAGCAUGCCGCCCAAGGAUAGCAAGCAGAAGAAAGAUGCGGGCAAGUCCAAAAAGGACAAGGAUCCCGUCAACAAAUCCGGAGGCAAAGCGAAGAAGAAGAAGUGGUCCAAAGGAAAGGUGAGGGACAAGCUGAACAACCUGGUCCUCUUCGACAAAGCCACUUAUGACAAACUGUACAAAGAAGUGCCGAACUACAAGCUGAUCACCCCGGCUGUGGUUUCUGAGAGGCUGAAGAUCAGAGGCUCCCUGGCCAGAGCUGCCCUGCAGGAGCUGCUGGGAAAAGGCCUGAUCAAGCUGGUGUCCAAACACAGAGCUCAGGUGAUCUACACCAGAAACACCAAGGGCACAGACGAGGCAGCUCCAGAAAAGGAGGCAUAACAUGGUUCCUUGGCUUGAGUUAUGGUCUUUUGUAUAGAUGAAUAAAAACCAUAAAAUUAA